AUGAAUGAUUUAUCUGAUCAAUUUAAAUAUGCCUUCAAGGAUACGGUCCGUUGCGUCAAAAAAGGAUACCGAUUUACCAAAAAAGCAUUAAAAGACAUCCCGACGGAUUCGUUCAAACCUAGAAAAACAUCCCAGGCAAAGUCCAAUAAUGAUGUUCGACAUUCUGUUGAUUUCAAAGAUGAGGAAGAGGGGCUUCUUUCACGAACUGAUGUCGAGAUGGAGGGGAGUGAAAAUAGUGAAAUGAUUAAUUCGCUCGAGGACCCACCUUUAACGGACGAUCAGGUGGAAUUACAAGUGGAUUUAAAGUAUUUUGACCCCACCUACGAUGGGGUGGCGUACGAAUUAGCGCAUUUUACACCCCUCAGCAACAACGAGGCGAGCAAUUCCCAAGAAUUGGACAGGAUGGAGGCCCGAAUACUCGAUCUUCAGAAAAAGUGCGCGAUUGUGAGUACAACCCUCGAAAAGCGCGUGCUGAUGCAUUACGCGGAGUUUGUGGAGGGCAUUGAGGGCAUUUACGAUGUGGAGGAUUCGCUUUUGCAGAUUUCAAGCGAUUGCAAGAAGGCAAGGGCGGGGAUUCGACGCAGCAAGGCGACGGCGGCCGCGCAGGUGGCCCUGCUUGGGUUGGGUCGAAGGCGCAAAAAUAUCGUGGAUAGCCUAAACUUAGUCCAAUCAAUGAGUCAAAUCAUUUCGAGGCGAAAUCAAUUUAAUUCGUUGAUUUCUUGCGGGAAGCUCAUCGACGCGAUGAGGCUUUUACACCAAGCGGAGGAGGACAACGAGGAGGUGGAAAAUCGCCUUUUAGGGGUUCCUUUUGUGAAAAAAAUCAUCGAGGAGUGGCGUUCGUGUCAGAAAAAAACCCAAUUCCUCGAGGAAUGUGUGGAGGUCAUUUUGGACAAAUCGCUUACUCAUCGUUUUGUAGAGUCGACCUAUCGCAAUUUGGUGGAAUCCGCGACGGGGAUGGUCGGGAAAACGCCUUCGGCGCUUGGCAAUCAAAUUGCCCAGCUUCUGUGGUGUAUUGCCGCGCAAAUUUUGACCAAAUCCUUACACGAAAUCUCCCAACUGAAGGAUGAAUCUGCCCCCAUCGCGAGCCUUGCGGAGGCGAUUGAGCCGAAACACCUGUUAUUGUGUUUUUGCCAAAUGGCCGCCAAACUGCUUGACUUCUUCCACAUGUACGCCCGAAUUCUCCAUUGGCAUCGCACGGAAAGCACGCGGGGGGAUUCCGAACUUUGCGAAGUCCACGCGGCGGUUCUGUGCGGCGUGCGGGACAUCGGCCACCGCAUCGGCGGCGAUCUUCUGCACAAACUCCUCCUCGCCAUCACCCACGCGCGGGUGGAGGAGCUCGACCUCACGCGGGGUUUACAUCUUUUUGUUGUGAUGGAUAUGCUCUUGGAAGGGGUGAAAAUCACCGGGGUUGACUUGGCUGAGUUGGAAACAACCACAACGCAGACCCGCGAGCGAUUGACUAGGAUCAUCGCUCGCCAAUUUCAACGCCCUAAAGCGAUGGAGGUGGUUUGGUGGAUGAUGGAGGAUGGCUGGGGAAUGUCCGACCUUUCCGCUCUUUCCCUGAACGUCGUGCGGGCGAUUUCGACGAAGCCCUACCUCGCCGCGAUUCGAUCUGUCCGGGAUUACCUCGACAGCGCCCAGGACGAAGGGGAAAGCGGGGAAGGCAGGGUGGACAAUCCAUUUUACGCGGCCGAGGUGAUUGACCCGCCGGAUCUUCGGGAAUUUCACCAGACGGAGACCUUUGGACAGUACUGGGCGAGGGUGAACCACCGCGGAGGGGAAGGAAGUUUGUGCGGCUCUGGCGUUUGUGGUCCUUCCCAUGCGGUGAAUUGUGAGGAUACUUUAACUUCUCGGAAGGCCUCAUCGGGGGCGUGUGACUUCCCUGGGAGGCAUCCCAAUACGAAUGGUUUAUCGGCCAGUACGGGAUCCGACACUUUGGCGGGUGGAAAUUAUUUAUUUGGGGGCGGGGAGGCACGUUUAUCCACACGGAUAUCGAUGCCCCCGACCGUUUUAACCGCCAGCGCGAUGACGUUGUGCAAUACCUUGACGGAAUCCGCCGCGCGGGUGGUGAUUCGCUAUCCACCUUUGGCGGACGAAAUGAUUCGCUGGACAGGAGAUUUAAUCGGUCUUUUUCUCUACAUCAUCGCGGACAAUUUCGUCUCGAUCUCCAAAAACGUCCCGAUCGAGCGGCAGGCGGGGGUGUUUUCCCCCUCAACGCAGGUCGCCCUGGAGGCGAUGCGAAGCGCCGCAGAAGCCGCGCUGGGGCCAUCCUUUCAUCUUUCCGAUUCCUUCACGGGGGAUUUGCGGGAUUCCAAUCAUAAAUGGAAUCGGGACGAUCUCACGGUGAGGGUGGGUGGGUUUCCACCGCGCGUGUGGGGGCGUCUUCGCGGGGAAUUCGCGAGCGGGGGGGAUUAUUUCGCCGUGGUGGAUCGCGUCGUGGCCUGCGAGUCCUGCGCCGCGGUAGUUUUUCAUCAAGAGGCUUUUCUCUGCGCAAUCGUGGCGAAGUUGUCGGCUUCACAAGUGAACGCGGCCUUUCGCCGCCUCCGGGGAUUUUACACCGCGGCGAUGGAAGUUUUGCAUGUGGGGAUCUACCGCGUUUGUCAGGCGAUUUACCCCAUGGAGGACAUCGCCGCGGCGAUUGCGAAGCUGCGGCCGAGAAAGGACGAUCUGCAGGAAAGCCCUUACGUCAAGACGAUUCUUUCCGAGAUGAAAAGGAUCAACGACCGACGCCCGGUGAUGCCGACGCCGGUGUUGGAAGCGGCAUUUCUACAGCGGUGGAUUUUUACUGUCCAGGCGACCCUCGUGCGGGAAUACAGCAAGCUUUCUAAGCGAAAAUUAAACGGCAUUUUAGUGAUGCAAAUUCAGAUCGAUGUGCAGAACUUCCAGGAGCAAGUGGCAGCCGCUUUCGGGAGGCAUAAUGUCGUUUUUCCGGAUUAUAUCGUGAACCUUAUUAAGACGGGGUUUUAUCUGGAUAAUCGCGAAAAGCGACUGAGUUGGCUGCCCUUGAACCAUACCAUGUACUUUGCGGCGGAUCUGGUGAACUGGCUCUCCGGCGGGGAUCGGGGGUUCAAGGAGAUGCUGGAGAAUAUUCUUCAAAAUGAGCUGAACCACCACGACACCCUUCCAAUGGAGCCAUUUAUCCACUAA